AUGGUCUCCUCUAGAAGGUUUAGUGAGCUGUUUAAUGAUCCACCUCCUAGGGAUCAACUUAGAGAUAGACUAGCUCCCUUAGCUGAAGGAGGAGGAGGAAAUGACCCACCAUAUGAUAGCGAUGAGGGAGAUUUUGAUAACUCUGGUAGAAGAAGGAACAACCCACCUAGAAGGAAUGGAGGAGGACCUCCCAACGACCCAGAAGACCCAGGAAAUGAACCAUAUGCUCAAGCAAAUGCAGCUAGAGCUAGACCUUUCAAUCCAGCUCCUGUACAUUUUGAUACUAAGCUGAAACCUGACAUAAUCCCAGAGUGGGAUGGAGACACUAAGAAGCUAAUUCAGCUUGGACAGCAGAUUCCUCUCAGGUUCACAGGAAGAGCUCUUAGAUGGUUCAAUGCAUUAGAUAAGGACUAUAGGCGAAUUAUAACUGAAGAUUGGCCAGCACUUAGGCAAGCUAUCACUAUCCACUUCAUGAAUAGGACCUUCCUGAACAGAAGCAAGAAUGAAGCCAUGCGCAUCAGGAAGAUGGAAGCUCUCACUAUUGUCAGUGACUGGACUGACUCUGAAUUAAUCUUUGAAAUCAUGAAUGGUGCUCCUAAGUCCUGGACCACGCAUAUAGACACCUCAAGAAUAGUCACUUGGGAAGACUUCCUUGACAAGAUUGCAUGGCAUGAGGAGGACCUUUUGGGAAAAGAUUCUUCUCAUAACUCUGACAUACAGCGUCAACUACACCAGAUGCAAUCUACUCUCAAGAGACUAGAAGGAAACAGGCACUCUAGGCCAAGUGCGCGCUCACACUUAGCAGGAUCUAAACCAGUAGGAUGGCAUCAAAAUAAUCCUCCACCAAAAUACCCUAAGGAUGACUCUACAGUAUCUAAAGGUAAAACUCCUAAAGACAAGAAAGCUAGACCUUGUAGACACUGUGGAAGUAUGAUGCACUGGGAUAGAGACUGUAAGCAUGCCAAGAAGAACUCCAGAUUUGUGCAAUCACAUAUGGCACAAGCAGAUGAUGAUGAAUGGGAAGCACAGGAAGCUUAUGAAGAUCUCUGUGAUGAAGCCUACCUUGAUGAAACAGAAUAUGACACUGAAGGAGAAGAGUCUGUUUCUGAGGAAGAGCAGGAUUUUCAUAAGCCCCUUCAGUCAUUAGCUGUCUCUACCUCCAGCGCUAAGCCCAGCUCUGGAUCCCAGGAGGAACAGCAUGGUCUGGAGGGGACCACUGUCAGCCAGGGUACUAACUCUGCUGACCAGGGCAGUAAGGAAUCUGAUUCAUCUGUAUUCUCUGGAUAUUCAUACAGCUAUUGCCAAAAUGGAGAAGAAAUCACUCUCAAGCGAUUAAUGUCAAGACCACCAGGAACUGCUUUCUUUGGAUCUAAAGCCACCAUCAUCAAAGGUUGGCUUCAGACAAAUAAUGGACCUAAGAAGCGCAUCACCUUUGACUCAGGAUCAGAGAUCACUCUCAUUAAUGAGUCAAUACUUAAAACUCUAGAUCCAUCACCUAGAGUGCGCAUUGGACAAAAACUCAAGUUAAUUCAAGUUACUGGGAAUAGUAGCUUAUCACAGUAUAUUUCCCUUCCUAUCAUCUUUGAUACUGAACAAGGAUUAGUUAAAAUGAUUGUAGAAGCCUACAUAGUUCCUAACAUGAACACACCUUUUAUCUUAGGAACAGACUUUGCAUCUCAGUAUCAACUGUCAUUAGUUAGGAAUGGAGAAGGAACAAGGAUAGUUUUUGGGGAUACAGGACGUUCUAUUCCUGUGGAAGAAUCAGAUUCCAGCCCAAGAAUUGACCAACAAGGUAAUACCUUUAUGGUUGAAGUUGCGCAAGGAUUCAUCAAGAAUUCUGAGAAAAUCAAGAUCUCUAAGAAAGCCUACAAGAAGCGACUCCAACAUAGGAAAUUACCUCCCAAUACUGUCAAAGUAAAAGUCUAUGAGACAGUUACUAUCCCAGCGCAUACCAUCAAGCUCAUCAAAGUCAAGACAAUAUGGAAGGAAGGUCAAGCCUCUGGUUUUAUGGACAGAUCUUUCAAUUCCCAUCGACAAGAAGAACAUCUGUUUGCAAUAACAGACUGCCUGAUAGAUAGGAACAAUCCUAAGAUUCAGGUUUCUAACCUAUCAGAACAUCCUUUAAGAUUGCAAGGAGGAGAAAUUCUUGGAUAUAUGCAUGAUCCCAAUGAAUACCUUGCAAAAAAAGGACAUUACUAA